AUGGCUUUCAAGUUCGUCGUCCUUGCUCUCUGCGUGGCUGUCGCUCACGGCAGCGCCAUCCACGGUGCUGACUCCAGCAGCUUUUCUUACGGAGUGACAGACCUGCACACCGGCGAUGUGAAGAGUCAGCACGAGACCCGCGUCGGAGACAACGUGGUCGGACAAUACUCGCUCCUGGAGUCUGACGGCAGCCGCCGCACCGUCGACUACGCCGCGGACGCGCACUCCGGCUUCAACGCCAUCGUCCGCAAGGACCCCGCCAUCAUUGCCCACGCUGCCCCUGCCGUCCUCGCCCACGCCGCCCCCGCCGUCCUCGCCCACUCCGCUCCCCUCGCCUACAACACGUACGCCGCUCCCCUCGCCUACAACACAUACGCCGCUCCUCUCGCCCACAACACCUAUGCUGCUCCUCUUGCCUACAAGACGUACGCCGCUCCCUCCGUAUCAUACUCCGCGUCCUCCAGCUCAGUGAACCACGGAGGCUACGCCGCUCUGUCCGCUCCUCUCCACCACGCCGCUCCCUUGUCCUAUGCUGCCCAUAUCGCCCCUCUCGCCUACAACGCGUACGGCUCUCACUUGGGUCAUGGAGCUAUCUCUGCCCCUCUCGCCCACGCGUGGCCACGGCGACCAAUCUCACUUAGACUAGCCAACUGUGUAGUAGAUAUUGUGCACUAUCUAUUCUGGUUAAACUUGAGAAUUCAAAUUCAGUCUUGGAACUUGAAACAAUUCCGAUGGAAUGAUAAUUCAACACGACCAGUGAGAGUACCUCUUUACGUGCUCUCUGAGGCCCCCUUCGUCGUCCUUGCUCUCUGCGUGGCUGUCGCUCACGGCAGCGCCAUCCACGGUGCUGACUCCAGCAGCUUUUCUUACGGAGUGACAGACUUACACACCGGCGAUGUGAAGAGCCAGCACGAGACCCGCGUCGGAGACAACGUGGUCGGACAAUACUCGCUCCUGGAGUCUGACGGCAGCCGCCGCACCGUCGACUACGCCGCGGACGCGCACUCCGGCUUCAACGCCAUCGUCCGCAAGGACCCCGCCAUCAUUGCCCACGCUGCCCCUGCCGUCCUCGCCCACGCCGCUCCCGCCGUCCUCGCCCACUCUGCUCCCCUCGCCUACAACACGUACGCCGCUCCCCUCGCUUACAACACAUACGCCGCUCCUCUCGCCCACAACACCUAUGCUGCUCCCUCCGUAUCAUACUCCGCGUCCUCCAGCUCAGUGAACCACGGAGGCUACGCCGCUCUGUCCGCUCCUCUCCAUCACGCCGCUCCCUUGUCCUACGCUGCCCAUAUCGCCCCUCUCGCCUACAGCGCGUACGGCUCUCACUUGGGUCAUGGAGCUAUCUCUGCUCCUCUCGCCCACGCAUGG